UCUUUGAAUAUUAGGAUACUGAUAUAGAGAAAAGAUAUAUUACCAGGGUCGUAAUAAUGUUAUCUAAUACAUUUGUUAUUAUCAGGUUUUGCUGCCAUGCCUUUUAUACAUGAGAUAACGCCAUCUUUGGUGUUAUCAGUCGCUCGUUGAUUUCGCGCCUCGAUGGACUGCUUCGUUGCAUUGUCUGAUGUGAGAAUCCGUGUGUUACAAUGCUCGUUUAUGGGCACCAGUAUCCCGGUCAGCCUGCUGUGGUGGGACAGCCGGAGGCAACGGCAUGGAACAUUCAGUGCCACGAAAUGAACCAAAACCAGAUUCCGGAUAAUCGCAUGUGCACUCACAGUGGUUACAAUUCGAACUACUCUACAAAUCAGUGUUACAGUAAUGAUCCAAAUCCGUAUAGUGUCCCAGCUCCGUAUUAUCCCCCACAAGAGGUUUACAAUUUAGGAGACGUUCAAGUGGGCUAUUUAAGACAGCCCGUGAUACCGAACCUUCCGUGCCAACAAUCUCAACAGUGGGAUUACAGUUCUAUGUGCUAUAAUGUUGAUGGUCAGCCGUGCCAGUAUACGAAUGUUGUCGAUUUGGAAGAUUUUAUGAACAAUGAGAAACGCAAGGAGAAGUCGCGUGUCGCGGCCCGGUGCCGUCGCACCAAAGAGAUGCAGAUCUUUUCGGAGCUCACGGCGGCCCUGCCCGCAAAAAAGGAGGAAGUUGAGCAACUCGACAAAGCGUCCGUCAUGCGUCUGGCUAUAUCGUACCUUCGCGUUCGUGAUGUAGUCUCUAUGCUUCCAGAUGUCAACUCGGAUCAAUCCAAGAUUCAGAAUCCCGAAGGCUUCGAAGAGCUAGCUUCAGAGCUGUCAUACAUGAGGGCUUUGGAUGGCUUCGUUCUGGUGCUCUCUCAACAAGGAGACAUCGUCUACUGUAGUGACAAUAUAGCCGAACAUCUUGGAGUUUCGCAGAUGGAGAUAAUGGGACAGAGCGUGUUCGAAUUCAGUCACCCCUGCGACCACGACGAGAUCCGAGAGGCUCUACGUACAAACGGCGGUGCCCGUCGCGACCUCCUGCUACGUCUCAAGUGCACACUCACCAGCAAGGGAAGGAAUGUGCACCUCAAAUCGGCUUCGUAUAAAGUAAUCCACAUUACUGGCCACAUGUUGGCGUCGACUGAAGACAACGAACGUAACAAUAACGAAACCAAAGCCGACGAGGAGAAGAAAGGGAAGGCUGGUUCUCUUGUGGCAGUCGGUCGUCCCAUCCCACAUCCAUCCAACAUCGAGAUACCGCUCGACAGCAAAACGUUCCUGUCCAAACACAGCUUGGACAUGAAGUUCACUUAUGUCGAUGAGUCUUUGUUGAACACACUUGGCUUCGGUUCAGAAGAGCUGGUCGGACGUUCGCUGUACGAUUAUCAUCACGCAGCCGACAGCGCUUCCAUGAUACAACAGUUCAAAUCACGUGAGUACCUGCAGUAAAUGUGUUUUAUAUUA